AUGGGCGACGGAUCGUCCCUUCCCCAAGCUGCUGCGGGGCCCACAAAGGCAGCCGCCUGCCCCGCCCUGGCCCCGACUACCUCGACACCAUCGGCGACUACCUCUGUCACUGACCACGACAACAGCAAAGAGAAGGAAUCGAAGGCGAAAUGUCCCAUCACCGGACAAGAAAUCUGCCCAAACGUCAAACUCACACGCGGCAAGGACGGAUACCACAAUGUACCGCACCCUCCCUUCUGGCCCGUCCUGGGGUCCAUUCCAAGCAUCGACGUGAAGCAGACGAUCAAGUCGAUAACCGAAUUGGCCGAUACGUACGGACGCUUCUACAUGAUGUCCGGGGCAGGUCACGACUUCUACAUCUGCGGCUCGUACGAGAUCUCAAAGGUUCUUAACGAUGAGUCCCGGUUCCAGAAGACGGUGCACUUGCCGCUAGAGCACCUGCGCCCCCUCGUCGGCGACGCACUCUUCACCGCCUACCCCGGCGAACCGAACUGGGACAUUGCGCACCGUGUUCUGGUGCCUGUCUUUGGCCCGCUGAGUCUGAAGAAGAUGCAGCCCAUGAUGGUCGACGUUCUCGCCCAAAUGCUGAUGCACUGGGAGCACACGGCCGGCACACCCUUCAGCGCCGCGGACCAGUUCACUCGCCUGACGCUGGACACGAUUGCACUGUGUGGCUUCCGAUUCCGCUUCAACUCCUUCCACUCGGAGAGGCUGCACCCUUUCGUCGAUUCGAUGGUCGCGUGCCUCUUAAUGUCGGAUGAGCGGUCACGCUGGCCCGCCCCGCUUCUUAAGCUUCGCUGGAACCAUAACCGCAAGUACAACGCAAACGUCAAGUACAUGUUUGACCUGUGCGACAAGCUCAUCGCGGAGCGGAGGAAGAAUCCCUACCCCGACGCAGGCGACAUGCUCAACGUCAUGCUGCACGAUAAAGACCCGAAGACGGGCAAGCAUCUCAGCGACGAAAACAUUAGGAUGCAGAUCAUCACGUUCCUGAUCGCGGGACACGAGACGACUUCGGGCAUGCUGAGCUUCACCAUGUUCUUCCUCCUGAAGAACCUGCGCGUUCUUGCCAAGGCACGCGAGGAGGCCGACCGCCUGGUGGCCGAAGCAGGAGACAACAUGCUGAACAUCAAUCCGUCCAAAGCUACCUACAUCGACUGGGUCUUGAAGGAGUCGCUGCGUCUGCAGCCAACCGCUCCAGCGUACGCAGUUGAGCCGUUCAAGCAAGACGAGCCUCUGCCUGGCGACUUCUGCCUGCGCAAGGGCGACCACUGCUUCGUCUUCCUGCCGUUGCUUCACCGUGACCCAGCGGUGUGGGAGAAGCCUGAGGAGUUCUACCCCGAGCGCUGGGAACACCUGUCCGAUCUCGAUCCCGCAGCCUACCGGCCGUUCGGCAAUGGUGCCCGCGCGUGUAUAGGCCGCGGCUUCGCAAUCAUGGAGGGCAUCAUCUGCCUGAUUAUGAUUCUGCACCGCUUCGACCUGAAACUGGAAGACCCGAACUAUGAGCUCGUCAUCAAGGAGACGUUAACCAUCAAACCGGACAACAUGCGCAUUAUCGCUACCCCAAGGCAUUCCCGCUCCCAGUCGCUGCUGACUGAGCUGGCGCAGGGUUCGACCCUGGCUGCAGGUGCGCCUAAGGCGGGCGAGAAGAAGCGCCGCGCGAUGAAGACGGACAAUGCCUCGGGUGUGCCCAUCAACAUCCUCUACGGCUCGAACGCGGGCACCUGUGCAACGCUUGCGAACGAGAUGGCGGAGGAAGCUUCCGCUCGUGGGCUCAAGCCCUUCGUUGGAGAGUUGGACGACACAUGCGGAGAUGGCAUGCUGCCCUCUGACGGCGCGACGGUAGUCAUCGUUCCCAGCUAUGAGGGCAUGCCGCCAGACAACGCCAGGUCGUUCGUCACGGCGCUCGAGACAGCAGGACCCAUGCCAAACGCGAGCUUCAUGGUCCUCGGUCUCGGCCAUCCGGACUGGACGACGACCUUCCACCGCAUUCCCAAGCUAGUCGACAAGCGUCUCGAAGAGCUCGGAGCGCAGCGCCUCAUGCCCAUCACGCUGGCGGAUGCGUCUCAGGACGUGAUGGGUGAAUUCGAAGCUUUCUCUGCGUUGGUGUGGGAACAGCUCGGCGUCGCCGACGUCGAAGGGCAGACUGCCGCCGUGCUCGAAGAUGUCACGGUUCUCCCUGCCUCUGCUAAUUCGAACCAUGCGGAUGGUUUCGGGUUCGGCUCUGUCGUAGAGCAGCGCACCAUCUUUCCCGCCACGGACUCCCAUCCCUGGACCGUGCACACGGUCGUGAAGCUGCCCGAAGGACACGAGUACCAGGUGGGAGACUACCUGUGUGUGCUUCCCAAGAAUCCCCCCGCCACUGUUGAGCGAGCCCUACGCGUCUCGGGGCUGCACCCCGACGACGUGCUGAAGUGGGGCAGCCUGACGGUGCGUGCCGCGGAUCUGUUCACAUCCUACGUCGAACUCGGACACACGGCUCCACGCACACUGCUGAAGGGGAUGGACUACGAAUCGGCUCGCGCGAGGCACUACACAGUCCUGGACCUGAUGGAAGACACCCAGCUGCCGUUGGACGCGAUGCUCGCAGCCCUGCCGCGGAUGAAGGCGAGGCACUACUCGAUCUCCUCGCCUCCGUCACCCGAGAACACGGCCACCAUUACGUACACCGUGCACACGGCGAAGGGGCCCAGCGGCGAGGUUCUGGGCGUGUGCAGCAACUACCUCGCGCGCCUUCAGCCGGGAGAGAGACUGCAGUGCGCCACCAAGUCGAGCCCGGGAUUCCACCUCCCUCCUCCGCAAGUGCCUAUCGCCAUGUUUGCCGCUGGAAGUGGAAUUGCUCCCUUCAUGGGCUUCAUCGCGCAGCGCGCUCGUACAGGUGGCAGGAUGACAUUAUGGUUCGGCUGCCGCUCCGCCGCGGACUUGCCAUACGCCGCCGAGCUCCUCCAGUACGCCCAGAACGGUCUCGACCUGCGUCUGUGCCUCAGCCGCUCCGACGACACCUCUUUCGAAGGUCUGCCCGUUUUCCACGGGUAUGUCCAGGAUCGCGUCCGAGCCGAGAAGGAAGACUUCCUCGCUAUGGUCGAUACCGGGGCGCAGUUCUUCGUAUGUGGAAGCUCGAACAGGCUGGGAAGUGGACUGAAAAAGGCACUGAUUGAGGUGCUUGGCGAAAGAAGUGGGAACGGGGAGAAGGACAUGGAGGCGCUUAGUAGGGGGAGGUACAAGACGGAUGUGUUCCUGUAA